UAUUGAUACAAAGUCCCUUCAGGGGUCCCUUAGGAAGGCAGCUAUUCUCCUAGCCGCAUAAUUUCAGGACUUUUCGAGAAGAUCAACCCCCAGUUUCAGUCAUUGGCCGCAACUAUGGUCCAGAAAACCGUUCUUAUUACAGGUUGCAGCGAAGGCGGAAUAGGUGAUGCCCUGGCUAAAAGCUUUCACAAAAGGGGCUUUCGCGUCUUUGCCAGUGCCCGCAACCUUGCUAAGGUUCAACAUCUCAAGGACAUGGGUCUCGACAUCUUACAACUCGAUGUCACGGACGAAGACUCGAUUAGACAAGCUGUGUUGACUGUAAAGGCCGCAACUGGUGGUCAUUUGGAUUUCCUAGUCAAUAACUCGGGUGCAGGUUACAUCAUGCCUUUGUUGGACUCGGAUAUGUCAGUAGCGAAGAAAAUGUUCGAUGUGAACGUCUUCGCUGUCGUGGCCGUGACCCAAGCCUUUGCGCCUCUUUUGAUCGCUUCGAAAGGGACGAUCAUUAACAUUGGGUCUGUGCUUGGCAAAAUGCCGUUCCCAUGGCAAGGUUUUUACAAUGCUAGUAAAGCUGCAGUCGCUAUGCUCACCGAUCAAAUGCGCAUUGAGCUCUCUCCUUGGGGAGUCCGUGCAAUCCUUGUCAACACUGGCGCAAUAAAGACGCGCUUUUUCGACAAUCUGCCAAGCAAAUCAGCUUUGCCUGAAAAUUCCCUUUAUUAUCCUGCCAAGGAUUUGAUUGAGCCAGCAUCGGCCGGAAGCACGGUUGAGGGAAACGCCAUGGAGGUUAAUUCAUAUGCUGAGGUCGUUGUCAACAACGCGAUCCGAUCGAAUCCCAAAAAGCAUCUCUGGUCUGGAGGGGGCGCCCUUGCGACUUGGUUAGCUUCUACAUUCGGCUGGUCAACUGUCUGGGACGUUCUAAUGCCUCGUGUCGCUAAAUUGUCGGAGGUAAAGAACAUGAUCUAUGCUUCAGAGAAGGCGGAGCAAGAUCGCCAAAAGGCAAAGUAAUAGUCCUGGCCCUUGUAUGCUUUGUGAAAGCAACCCUGUCUCGGUCUUUCUAUGGGUGUCUCUGUCUCCCUUCCUUUUUUAUUUGUUUCGUCGAUUUGUUCCUAUUUUGGAUUUUGUUUCUCCAAUCCAGCGAGCGAACUUUUAUUCUCGCCAUCUAAUUUCCAAUCAACCGUGGCUACCCCUUUUGAGCACAUAUUUUUGUGUCAGCUAGCAAUUAUCCUCAAACCCCAACGGAACUCUCGCGGAUACACUGAAGAAUGGCCCUGGGCUUUGUCCCAGAGUUGAAUUGAAUCUAAAAUACCUCAAGCUAUAAUGACGUCUAUUAUUCAUAUCAAAAUUGGUUUCUUAUGCCGUGCCCUGUGG